AUGCAAGCCCCAUUUCAAUCAGACCCCUCGUUUCAGCCGACAGUGUGGCCCUCAAGCGAGCCUUGGCCUCUACAAGCCAGCUCACAACCCAAGAAGGAUUUCGGAGGUCGGAACCUCAACUUGGCUCUACAUCAAAGAGCCUCAAUCUCUGUAAAAGAGAGAGGUCUUUUGCGUCUCUACUAUGAGAAAAUCUUCCAAAACUUGCAACAAACAAACUGCCGAAUCAUUGCCAAAGCCUACAUCAAAUUAAUUGAGCCGCGCAAGCAAGUCAACUACCCAUACAAUGGACGGAAAAUUGUUGAAGGGAGAACCCAGCAGCUGAAUCCAGAGGCAACCAAGCCACCGUGGUGGCCGCGUGGAGUGAGCCAUCGGGAGCCGGAUCAUCUUCCCAAAGUUGAACGGAUUCGACUUUUGGUGUACAUGCUCUGCGAGAUGCGCGAAAGCCACGGGAUCACAACUGCCAGGCUAAAACAAUGCGAUCAGCCCAUCCGCCGUCAAAUCCUCCCGGUCGAGCGACUACAAAUCCUGGACGAGGCAUACCGAGUCCGCGAGGAGGAGGAAAACUUCAUCGAUGGGAUUUCAGAUGGAAAACCCGUGUCUAUAGCUCGCACCAAUCUUCCUCAAAUGACAGAAGAUACAUCCAGCGGACAAAGCUCGCCAAUCGAAUCAGUCUCUUCUCGGAGAAUCGUCGAGUCUGAGUGCAGCGAUGGAAUCUCUAGCCUCGAUAUAACCCAAGCUACCUCUAGAGACAUCUCGAGGGCGUCAUCAUACAAUCCUUCCAAUCCUUACAGCCCAACAAUGCAUUUGGCCCCAAACGCCCAAUACCAGUCUGUUGGCCCUUCUACCAACAUGUCCACAUCGCCAUUGGAAUUGAGGCCAAAACACGAAUCACUAUCUGCCGGGGCGCAUUUGAUUGAUCAAACACGUCCCAACGCAGGUGUUCCAAUCACCCAUGCGUCGGCAGAAAACUUGUCAACAGAGGCAAUGAUGCCAUACGGCCACCCCUACUAUUUUAACUAUUGA